CGCUGCAUGAAAUUGCGGCUUAAAGCGUUUAAAGCUAAUAAGCUCUCGAUCAUCAUCAUCCCGCGAUAAACCGUGUUAUCGCGCUAUCUCUUUUGAGAUGUCGAAUUUUACAAAGUGGCACCUCACGCUAAUCAUUAUCUCCUGCGCGUCUCUCGGCCACGCCCUGGAGUGUUACGUUUGCACGGAUCAGGAGGGCAACCGCGAUAAAUGUCUGAACACCAUCAAAACCUGCGAACAGGGACAGGAUAUUUGCCUCACGGAAAUCAAAUGGGGCAGUACACCGUACUGGUCCCAGGGUGCCAAGAAACAAUUUUACGUCUCUAAGAAAUGUGCCACUAAAAGGGAAUGUGAGAGGCUGCAGCGCAGUAAUAUGCCCGAUUGUACUCAUAUCUGGUAUCAGGACUGGAAGUGUUCCUCUUGCUGCCAAGGCGAUAGGUGUAACUACUAUGUUAUUUCCGGUGGAAACGAGAGGAAAAUACAUAGUGGAAUAUUUGCCAUAACAGUCUUGAUGUCCUUGUUGGGCGCAUCGAGGUUUCAAUGACAGUGGUUCUGCAGAGACAAUUGGCCGAUGUUUUAGCUGCCGAAUCAAUUGAUGAAUCUCAUCACUGCAGACUGAAUAUGUAAAGAUCUUAUUUUAGCGUAAUAACUAACGCAAGAUAAUAUUAAAGUUACACACGCAAGAUAGGUUUUACAGUCAUAUAUGCAAGAUAAUUUUAUACUUAUACAUGCUUUUUGCAAAUGUAUGAAUGUAUUGUGUUCAAAUUAAUCUAUUAUCGUAAAAAUUCCGUGACAUUUUUUAUUAUACAAUUUCUGACAUAUCUCGGACAUUUGAGAUGUCUCAGAAUGUUAUAUUUGCACUAGUGGUUUUAUGAUAAUUGUAACGUAGAUAUAAAAGUUUAUAUAUA